CCAAGUGUCCCCAGCAACCAGUGUCUUUUGUACCAGCAGAAGCUCCAGAACUCUCACCCAUUUUUCUGCGUCUGCCGCUUCUUUGCCCACUGAACAGCCAUGAGAAGGCAACUCCGGUCCAGAAGGGCUCUGGCCUUUCCUUAUGGUUAUCGCUACAGACUUGAUGAUCAGGAUGAAGUAAACCAGAACUAUUUAGCAGAUGAAGAGGAGGAAGCAGAAGAAGAGGCUCGGGUGAUGGUGGUGCCCAAUUUGGAGAAGGAGGAAGAGGAGGAAGAGGAGAAAGGGGAAGAAGAGGAGAAAAAGGAGGAGGAAGAGGGGCAGGGUCAGCCAACAGGCAAUGCCUGGUGGAGGAAAUUGCAGAUCUUGAACGAAUACCUGUGGGAUCCGGAGAGAAGGAUGUCUCUGGCCCGAACAGGUCAGAGUUGGAGACAUCAACGGUUGCCCAGAGGACUCUCAAGCAAUUUGCCCUCUGCAGUACUUAAAACUCCACUCCCCUGUAAUCUUGUUCAUGGCCAUCAUUUGCUCAGCAAGCCCUUCCAACGGAGAUGCUGUAAAGGCCUGAUCUUAGUCAUUUACUUCUUCUUCUAUGCCUCCCUGGCUGCUGUGAUCACUCUCUGCAUGUACACGCUAUUUCUGACCAUCAGUCCUUACAUGCCGACCUUCAAUGAGCAGAUGAAGCCUCCUGGAGUUAUGAUCAGGCCCUUCGCCCAUAGCCUUAACUUCAACUUCAACGUUUCUGAACCUGACACUUGGCAGCAUUAUGUGAUCAGCCUAAAUGGCUUUCUCCAGGGUUACAAUGACAGUCUUCAAGAGGAAAUGAAUGUAGAUUGUCCACCGGGUCAGUACUUCAUCCAAGACGGCGAUGAGGAUGCGGACAAGAAGGCCUGCCAGUUCAAGCGCUCCUCCCUGAAGAACUGUUCUGGUCUGGAGGACCCUACUUUUGGAUACUCCACCGGACAGCCCUGCAUCCUUCUCAAGAUGAACCGGAUUGUAGGCUUUCGUCCUGAGCUUGGAGAUCCUGUGAAGGUUUCCUGCAAAGUUCAGACAGGUGAUGAAAACGACAUCCGAUCCAUCAAUUACUACCCAGAGUCGGCUUCUUUUGACCUCCGCUACUACCCUUACUACGGCAAACUGACUCACGUUAACUACACUUCCCCACUGGUUGCAAUGCACUUUACAGAUGUGGUGAAGAACCAAGCAGUGCCUGUGCAGUGCCAACUGAAGGGCAAAGGCAUCACAAAUGAUGUCAUCAGUGAUCGUUUUGUGGGUAGGGUAAUCUUUACCCUGAACAUAGAAACCUAAGAACUUAAGGGGGCCACGCCCACCAGUUCUGUUUCUGUUUUAUUUCAUGUUAUCCUUGGUAGCACCUGAAUUCUUCUUCUUUAAUGAGGACACAGCCAGAUGGAUGCCUAAGACAGCAGAUCAUCUUUCCUUGCCUUUGACAUGUGUAUAAAAUGACAUUGUGGGAGCUGAUUUUUUAAAGGUAGUCUCUCCUGAAGACAAAUAGAUUCUAUUAAUUUCCUUUCCCUACACUUAAAACUAAAACCCAUUCUUGCUGCUAGAAGUCUCCCUGUGUUGUAAACAUAGUAUUUGAUAAAAUUCACCAUAGCCAUGAUGGAGAAUUUGUAUGAUGAUUAUAACUUCAUAACAUUUUCUAAAAUUUUGUUGGUUUUAGAAUUGAGAUUCCUCCCAACCAGGCUGAUAAUCUAUCCCCUUUUUUUUAAAACCCACCUGGCAAGGUCCUUCCUUGGGAAACAUCUCUCAAACCAACCCAGACUACACCUGAGGCCACUAUACCUAUGGAACUCCAUAUCCAGGGGUGCUUCAGACACUGGCUGCCUCCCACAGGCAACUAAAUACUAAUUCAAAGUCUAGGUUAUCUUCAACUGGGACAGAAAGCAGUGCUAACUGGAUAUUGUUCUGAGAUAGAGAUGAAGACCUUCCCUGUGACUUUUUUGGGAGGUGGGGUCCACUGCAAUUAGGGAGAACACUUAGCAUGUGAAUGUGACUGGUGUUUGAUUCCUUGCCCUAUGGUGUAAUCAUCCAAAGGAAAACAUUCCUGCAAAUAGGUUUGUGUUAGCUUCAGGCAGAGGAGAAUACGUAGAAGAGGAUCUCCACCAGCUAAUUCUUCCUGGGCUAUUUGACAGUCAUGUGAUGCUGUUUGACACCAUCAGGAAUGGGUGUGUUGAUCCCCAGCUACAGCUUUGGGGAUUGAAAUCAGGGUCUGCCAACUAAUACAUGGCAAGACAGAAAGCUCCUCCCAGGUCAUCCUAAAGCCAAGGCUCAUUAGUCAGUUUUGCAUUUACUUUGAAAAUGACAUGAGGCAGAUGUUUAACCAGGUUGUGGAUCAGCCAGGUCACUUUGCCUUAUCUUUGGCCAUGUGACCUUCUACUGCUUCUUUACACCUCCACCAGGGGGAGGGCUGGGACAAAAACAGAAGGCAGGCAUCGAAGAUUAUCAUAGUGUCUCAGGGUCCAAAGCAAGCUUAUAUGCCACCUAGAAGCAUCCAGAGUCUGAAUCUCCUCUACAAUGUUUACUUUCUCCCCAAAUAGGAAACUGGCAGUUUGGUAGUGAAGACAAACAAGUGGAGAACUAACUACAAUAUAGUGUGACAAGAAUUAUAAAACUAGAAUGUGGAAAUGCUAUGGGAACAUCAAGAAAAAUAACUAUCUCAACCUGAGAAAGUAGCAGAAGAAAUUUCACAUGCAAAGCCAUGAUCAUGAAAAGACCAUGAUGUAUUUGAUUAACUAUCAUCAGUUCAUUUAACUGGAGUGUAAUGGGCUCAAAGGCAUGGCAGGGAGUGACUGGAGACUGGACUAGAAAGGUAUUCAGGGAGCAAAAGAAGACUCUGGGUUUUAUCCAGUAGGUGAAAAGAAAUUAAAGCAUUUUAUUCAGGGAAUCUCUAUGGUCAAAUCUGCAUUUUAGAAAGAGCACUUUGGGGCCGACCGCGUGGCACACUAGGGAGAGUGCGGGGCUGCGAGUGCAGCGGCGCUGCCGCCAUGCAGGUUUGGAUCCUACAUAGGGAUGGCCGGUGCGCUCACUGGCUGAGUGCGGUGUGGACGACACAAACCCAAGGUUUGCGAUCCCCUUACCGGUCACAAAAAAGACAAAAAAAAAAAAAAAAAAAGAAAGAAAGAAAGAAAAGAAAGAGCACUUUGGCUACCACAAAGUGAAGGGUAGAUUGGAGAGGGACAAGACUGGGGAAUUGGGAAAGAGGGAGAAAAAGGAGUCAAAAAUGACUCCAAGGUUUUGAGCUUGGCUAGAACCAGUGAGAGGUGACAUUGUCGAUCAAGACUGGGAAUACAAGAGAGAAGCAAGCUUGAAGGGAAAGAUAUUGAGAUCAAUUUUGGACAUUUUAGGCUUGUGAUUUCUACUGGCCGGACAUUGAUGUGGAGAUGUAAACACAUGUAGGUUUGGGGAGAAGGAAAGUUGAGAACAAAAGCAACAUUUGGCUAAGUGAACUCGCUUAAGAAAUUGUAAACUAUGUAAUCUUGGAAAUUUAACCCAGUUAUGUAAACACACUACACCAAUCUAGUCUCUAACAUAGUGUUUUUCUCUUGGCUUUGUGGCAGAAAAACUGCUGUUGCUCUUUGGAACCUCCUUCCCAGACAUCUUCCAAGUCUUACCGACAGAGUAGAGGGGGGCUGGCCGCAAUUACCAAGUGAUAGAAAAUAUCAGGAAUAUACAAAAACCAAUAAAACCAUCUCCUCCCAACCCAUUUCCUUAACAAACUCAAUUUUCAAAACUAACCUUUAAAAAAAGAACAAAAUAAAAAAGACAACAACUUUAAAACCAUUUAAAAUUACCUCAGUCAUACUCUCAAGAUCUAGUAGUGAAAAAUAAUCGAACAUUAGAUCUGGAAAGGAUAUUAUAGAACGUUUAGAGAAAACAACCCACAUUGCAUCUGACUCCAGGUCCAGUGCUCUUUCUACUCUGAGCUGCUGCUUGUCGGGAAGUACCAUCUUUUUAAAAAUCAACAUAUGAUAUCCCAAACAUUUUGAAACAUAUGUCAAAGUUCAGUUAAAAUAGUUAACAUUUCACAGGAAUUCAACUACUGGUGCUAUAUUUUAUACAUAAUACAUUAUCCUGUUAAAUACGUUGACUGUUAAACAGACAAGGAGUUACGAAUCUUUUGUCUUGCACUAUUUCUCAUUCAGUGGGACCCAUUGUGUCCACAAUUACAAAGAAUUACUGAAGAGUGCUGAGACAGUUCGGGUUGUCAGCUGGGACAUGAAAAAAUAGCUUUAUUAUACAGAACUAGAUAUGAUCAUAUAUUCAUUAAAGUUAGAUUCUAACUGUUCAGUAAACUUCUGGUGGAUUAAUUUUAAAAGUCCCUCAUACUGUGCUGUACCAGGAUUUGAUUUGUAUACCAUCUGUGGCAAUGCACUUGGUUUUACUUGAUUUUCCAUGAGAAAUACUACUUCCAAAUGCCUUCAUGGUUUUGUCCUUGCUAAGACCUUCGGUUAUAAUUUUGCACCCUCCACCCUCUGAAAUCAUUAUCCUACAUUAACCUUUCUUAGGCAUCUAUUUGCUGGGCAUCUUCAUGUAGAAAACGUUUAUAUUGUCUUGGGGAGUUGUUGACAACAAUAAAUCGAAAUAAAAAAGAAAUGUAUGA